ACAAAUGUCAUCGAGAGCGCCAAACACGCAUAAAGUAAGCACAACGUUAAUGAUUGCGAGCUAUCCACCCAGGUAAGCGCUAAAACUUGCCCACGCCUGUAAACGUACUUAAAACGAGAAGGCUGUAGCGUGAAACCGCCGACUCAAGACUGCAGGUUGAUAACUCAGAGCUGCUGCUUUGGCGGAGCUACGGUACAAGGGGACAGUAUGGCUUCGCAACUCUGCUAUUCUGUUGUCUUGUUGGCGUUGGUUGUUGCGCUGACCGUGGUGUGGCCUGCGAGCGCUGUCAAGCCGAAAGGUUGGAGAGGAACUAAAGCUGGCUGCAGUGCGUCUGAGUACGCAUGUACUGACGGGGCGUGUGUCCCAGUGGGGGCCAGGUGUGACGGAAGCGUGGAGUGCGCCGAUGGUUCCGACGAGGAGGACUGCACUUACGACUGCGAAAAGGAGUUCCAAUGUGGAAACGGCCUGUGCAAGCCGACCUCCUGGGUCUGUGAUAGAGAGGACGACUGUGGAGACAACACGGACGAAACUAACUGCACCUGUUCCAGUGAGUUUCAGCGCGCAUGCGGAGAUGGAUCCUGCUAUCACGUGAUUCACCACUGCGAUGGCCGUCGCGACUGUAAGGAUGGGUCAGAUGAGGACAACUGCUUACCAGCCUCCGGCUGUGGCCUGAGAAACAUGACUCUCACAAGCGGCCAGUCCAGAAUAGUGGGAGGAGACACGGCGAACCGCGGAGCAUGGCCAUGGCAGGUGCAGCUCAAGAGAACAUACUUCAACACGCCGUUCUGUGGGGGCACACUGGUGGCUCCGGAGUGGGUGGUGACGGCUGCGCACUGCUUGGAUGAGGAUCAACCAAACGAGUGGCCAACCCUCCAAAUCCUCAUUGGUAAGCACCACCUGCAGCAUCCCGAAGUCGCAGACCCGGAUGCUAUAGUGUCGUCUGUGCAGAAAGUGUACCUCCACGAAGGGUACGAUGACUAUACGUCUGACAACGACAUAGCUCUUGUGAGGCUCAAGACCAGUACCGACCAGACAAACAGCUUCAUCAACUACGCUUGUCUCGAAACCAACGAGACAGCAAGAUUCGACGAGAACUCCUACUGCUUCACAACAGGCUGGGGGGACACCUCAUCCGGAGGAACACCGCCGGAUUUGUUGCAGGAGCUGAAGGUGGCUCUGAUCCCGACGGCCGUCUGUAACCGGACCAUCUCCAACCAGGGCGGCAUGACGGACAACAUGUUCUGUGCCGGCUACUGGGAGGGCGGGGGCGACUCCUGUCAGGGGGACUCCGGGGGUCCGGUAGUCUGUGCAGGAGCUGACGGCCGCUGGUAUCUGACGGGCGUCACCAGCUGGGGGUACGGAUGUGCUAACAGGUACCAGCCUGGGGUAAAGACCAAGGUCUCCAAUUACAUCGACUGGCUGGACAAUAAGAUUUUAACCGGUGGUCAAGUCGCUUGUUCGGAGAACACCACAGUCACCUGCGGAGACGGCAGCUGCUUCCCUGCAGACUACAGGUGUGACGGGUACGAGGACUGCAGCGACGGGGCGGACGAGAUCGGUUGCCCCACACUUGGACCACCCUGUGCCCUGUACUGUAACAACAACACCAAGUGCAUCCCUGACCAGUGGCUUUGUGACUAUUACGCCGACUGUGACGACCUUUCAGAUGAACAGAAUUGUGACUGCAACGACGCGUUCACGUGUGACAACGGUAUCUGUGUCCUACCAGAGUACCGAUGUGACGGAAUCAACCAUUGUGGAGACGGGAGUGACGAAAGUUACUGCUCCACAGCAGCCCCAAUAGCCACCUCAUCAGCUACCACCACAGAGACCACACCUAUGGAUUUGACGACUGAAGCAACAACUGCCAUACCAUUGACGCCAACUAUGCCCAUGACCACCGGGAAAGAUGCUGUCUCUACAAGUAAACUGCCUGCAUCGACUAGAGCUCCCAUGGCGGUGGUUGAGAUGGAGGUGACCCUCUCCAGUCCAACGUUCACGGCGGAUCUGCAGGACAACAGCACUGAAGCGUUCCAGACACUGUCAGCACAAGUCAUCGCAGCCAUGAACUCUGUGUACCAAGACUAUCCUGGCUUCGAAGGCGUUACUGUCCAAGGAUUUAGGUCAGGAAGUGUGGUUGCUGAUGUCAACGUGCUCAUCGAUAGCCAAGAGGAGGCAGAAAUGCCCCUAGCGGUGGCCAGCGUACUGCAGGCAGCUGUAACUAAUGGUAACGGCGUGGUCGGGGAUGUGGAAGUCGGUGGAGUUGCUGUCAGGGAAAAUGGUAAAUUUCUCAAUUUUAAUACAAGGUCAAAGUCAACUGUUGGUGAGGCACUUUGA